AGAAGAGAUGGGCACACCCACUGCGCAGAGGCGUACGCGCAAGUAUAAGGCAGAGCAGAAAGAAGAACCGCUCGUUGAACAAGCCCGGCAUUUCGAUGUACAAUUAUCAAAGCGUCAACUCUAGUACAACUUAGGAAAGCGCGAGGAUGCCCAUCUAUACGUCGCCGCAUAUUCAGAUAAGAUGAGAGAAGCCAAUUAUACAUGGCGCCGGCGAUUUGGUGAGGAGAACAAGGGCAAGAAAGUUAUCGGGUUCUGGGACCUCGUACACUUUACGGACGAGGCUCAUUUCAACCCACAAGAGCGCCUCCAAAAGCCACGUAUAUUGCGCAAGGGCGAGAAGAAUCCACGCUCCACCACAACGCCGCAUCGGGAUGUAAACAAUUGGCAGAGGAUCUAUCAGACCGUAGCAAUCAGCUCCCACUACUUUUAUCAAAUCAGCGGGCGUCGUAGCGUUGAGAGCCACACCGACACAGAGCCAGUGGCGAGCCAGAAGCGGCAGGGGCCCUGCGUCACACCUGCUGCGGGGUCGACAGCGGCGGGAAGGCCCUCAAAGAAGCUAUGCGGAGGCUGGAAGCGUAUGAGACAGCCUGGGACAUGCCGUGAAGCCAUCUUGCCAACACCUGGGCACCAAAAUCUCCGCGGAGGCACCCUUGGACUCGACUGGGUGCCUUUGAUCCUUGAUGCUCGCGCGACGCCGAGUCCCGCACACACACUUCUCUCACGAUUCUAUCGACUAUCAGACGUUGCAAUUGGUCGGAUACGUCGCUAUUGUAUACACCUCCGCAGUCCGGAGAUUCGCCCAUCCGUCGAAGCAGCCCACAUACACGCAACUCGAGACUUUGGGGUUACAGAGACACAUCGCGUAGAGGGUCGCAAGCGACGCUUAGACACCGUAUAUUUGAAGGAACCUAUCAGCUGCAAUGGAUACGACAGGGCUCGAGCACAAUGUCGACGAGGGUAUCGCGACGAGUAGCGUCAUCCCAACCACGGCAGCUGUAUCCGCCCAGGCUUCGUUAACGUGGAUGUCGUCGCUAACGCACCGGAAGGAGACGGCGACGGUGCCCGAGCCGGGAAACUGGAUUGGCCCGUCGACUAACGUGGCCUGGACGAAAGCUCGGAAGUCGGGCGAGAGGGGCGGUCUGGUGUCGAGGCGGAGACGCUGUAGUAGCGGGA